UACAGCGCUUGUUUUCGUAUUGUACUCAGAGUUCACCGGUUUGCUCGCGUGGAGUAAGCUUCAGUUGGUGGCGUGUUGGAGCUGAUGGGGGACGAAAAAGAGACCUGGAAAGUUAAAACACUCGACGAAAUUUUACAGGAGAAGAAACGCAGACGGGAACUGGAAGAGAGGACAGACGGAAAGCGUUUGAAAAACACGGAUGAACGUGAACCUAAACGGGACACUCCGGAGGAAGGCGAGCUUCGAGACCACAGGAUGGAGAUAACCAUUCGCAACUCACCUUACAUUCGGGAAGACACCACAGAGGACAGGGGGGAAGAAGACGACUCGUUGGCCAUCAAGCCUCCUCAGCAGAUGGCCAGGAAAGACAAAUCACACCACAGGAAAGAGGAGAAGAGGAAGGACAAGAGGCACCGCCGCAGCCACUCCCAAGAAGACGGCAAGACUAUGCGUCCGAAAGAAAAGGAGAAGGAGAAAGAGCGGGAGAGCGAGAGGCGGAAGAGGCAGUGGGAGGAGGACAAGGCGCGCAGGGACUGGGAACGACAGAAACGACGAGACCAGGCCAGAGCGCACUCGCGCAGGGAAAGUACGGCCCUCGGAGGACUUGUACAGCCCUUGGAGGAAUUUGAAGUGGCCCCUCGAAUGAAAGAGGUUCCCCACCCCAGCAGUAAGGCCUUGCUGAAAAGGGACAGACUGGAGCAGCUGGAGCGUCAACGCGAGCGCGAGAGGAAACAGCGGGAUCAGAUCCAGAAGGAGGCGCGGGAACAGAAGGAGCGCGAGAGGAGACAGGACGAGAGGCGGAAGGAGCGCGAUGCCGGCGGACGGAGAGAAGGUCUGGAUGAUGGUGAUUACCCUCCUCCUGCUCAUCAUCGAGGUCAACAAGAGGACUACGAGGCCAAACCGCGCCACCGCAGUCGCAGCCCGAACCGACAUCACCGCGACCGUCCAGAACAUGGAGACGUAGAGAGAAUAGUAAAAGAUGAGAAGCCAGAAGACAGAGAUCUCCUCUCAGACCUGCAGGACAUCAGCGACAGCGAGAGGAAAACCAGCACCGCAGAAUCCUCAGGAGGCUCUGGCUCCGGUUCAGAAGACGACGACGAUGACGAGUCAAGCAGCCAGAGUGAGGAUGAGGAGGAGGAAGAGGAGUCGGGCUCCGGCUCUGGCGGAUCAGAACAAAGUGGAGAUGAUGCUACAGAUGACGACCAAUCAGAGGAGGAGGCAGAGGAGGAAAAAGAAAACGCCAACGUUCCCAUGGCAGUGGCGGUGGAGUCCCGUUUUGACCAUGACUCUGGGGAGAGCGGCGAGGAGGAUGACGAGGAGGAGAUGGAUGAAGACGACGGGGCAGGAGAGGAGGCCACGCCACAGUCCCACACCCACUCGGCUACGCCGGAGGGCAACUACCUGCCCAACUCCCCGCCCAUGUCCCCCGUGGAGCUCAAACAGGAGCUGCCCAAAUACCUCCCUGCCCUGCAGGGCUGUCGUAGUGUGGAAGAGUUCCAGUGUCUGAACCGUAUUGAGGAGGGGACCUACGGUGUGGUGUACAGAGCCAAAGACAAGAAAACAGAUGAGAUCGUGGCUCUGAAGCGGCUGAAGAUGGAGAAGGAGAAGGAGGGCUUCCCCAUCACGUCUCUCCGGGAGAUCAACACCAUCCUGAAGGCGCAGCAUCCCAACAUCGUGACCGUGCGGGAGAUCGUGGUGGGCAGCAACAUGGACAAGAUCUACAUCGUGAUGAACUACGUAGAGCACGACCUCAAGAGCCUCAUGGAGACCAUGAAGCAGCCCUUCCUACCAGGUGAAGUAAAAACCCUGAUGAUCCAGUUGCUACGGGGAACCCGUCAUCUCCAUGACAACUGGAUCCUCCACCGGGACUUGAAGACGUCCAACUUGCUGCUCAGCCACAAAGGCAUCCUGAAAAUUGGUGAUUUUGGUCUGGCAAGAGAGUACGGCUCUCCUCUUAAACCCUACACGCCCGUCGUGGUGACGUUAUGGUACCGGUCACCAGAACUCCUUCUUGGCGCAAAGGAAUAUUCGACAGCAGUAGACAUGUGGUCCGUCGGCUGCAUUUUUGGUGAACUGCUCACCCAGAAGCCUCUAUUUCCCGGCAAGUCGGAAAUCGACCAGAUCAACAAAAUAUUCAAAGACUUGGGCUCCCCAAGUGAGAAGAUCUGGCCCGGUUACGGCGAGCUUCCAGCGGUGAAGAAGAUGACCUUCACAGAGUACCCCUACAACAACCUGCGAAAAAGAUUUGGAGCUCUUCUGUCCGACCAAGGAUUUGACCUCAUCAACAAGUUCCUGACGUACUGCCCCAGUAAACGCAUCAUGGCGGAGGAGGCGCUGAAGCACGAGUACUUCCGGGAGACGCCGCUCCCCAUCGAGCCCUCCAUGUUCCCCACGUGGCCGGCCAAGAGCGAACAGCAGCGCGUCAAGAGGGGCACCAGCCCCCGGCCGCCCGAGGGAGGGCUGGGAUACAGCCAACUGGGAGAUGACGAUCUUAAAGACACUGGCUUCCAUUUAACCGUGGCCAAUCAGGGGGCCUCUAAAGCAGGCGCAGGCUUCAGCCUCAAGUUUUGAGCCACUACACGUCUGACCAAGUGCGAGGAAAAAAAAGGGUUGCACACAAGGAUGGCUGAUACUUUUUCAAAACUCGUCGGCCUGCUGUGGAACCAAGACAACUUUAACUCUCAUCCUGUUUUCAUUCUCUGUACAUGAAACUUUGUCUGCCUUUUUCACUAGUGUAUUUUUAUCUGAAAUUAUGAUCUUGUGUUGGUAAAGUGUGGGGAUAAGCAGUAUUCCUGCACAUCAUAUUAUGUGGAUAUCCAUGUCUUAAAAUCUGCCGUAUGUGUUUUAUUAGAAAUAAAAUGUUUCUGAUGCCAGCAGCUCCUCUGUCAUUUUAAGUAUUCAUAGAAAUGUGAGCCCAUUUCCUUUGCAUCAAGUUGUUACACUUUUGGUUGUGCAGCUGGAAAACGAUUCAUUUCUGCAGACAUUCAAUAAAAAACAACUUUAUUUUGCUAUGAUG